GUUUUGUCAAUGCUCUUGCGCGUGUUUAUCUAGCAUUUCGUACAUAUUUUCAUGUUUACCGUACACAAUCAAGCGCAGACAUGCAUAAACACGUUCUGUCAAUAUUAACGUUUUGUGUUGCGUCGCGGUUAGCUGCGGCUGCGACUGUUAAAAGUGUUUGCCGUUGAACAUUUUGAACGAACUUGUUGCUCGGCAGCGAACAUCAAACUUGAACCGUUUUUUAUUUUGAAAUUUUCUGUGCGAACGGAGCUCACGCCGACAAAGUUGCCAACAAAUGGAAAUAGUUUAAAUUUCGCUUUCUGCUGAACAAGUUGUGUUACGAUUUAGAGCGGAGUGUGUUGUUCAUAGUGUGUCAGCAGUGAAGUAGCUGAAAGAAAUAAGUAAAAACUACAAAAGUGUUAGAAAAAUAAACAGUAAGCAUAGUGAACGGAAAAUUCGCAAGUUCUGCCGAUUGUAGCAGAACAAAAAAUAAAAACAUAUAGAGUAAUUGACGAAACCGUAUAAGUAAUUUUUGGCGAAAUGUAUUAGCUUGCCAUAUACGAAUUUCGAAAAAUAUUCUACUGCGAGAAACGCAAAGAACAAACGAUAUAAGUUCGCCGUGUUCGCCUAUUGACAUUUUUAAACUUUGUAAUUAGAAAAACUUAAAUUUGAAAAUGGUUAAAUUGUUUUGAUCAUUCCCUUUUUAAUAGCCGCGAAACUACAAUCGACGACCAUUUAUGUGAUUCCAAGCGCGAGCAACGAAAGUGAAUGAUAGGAAGUGUCAAAAUAUGCAAAUUGGUUUGUUUUCGCCGAAUUUACGGUCAACUCGUCAAUUCUUAUUGGAAUGAUUCUUACAAGUAGCAGCCGUUCGUGAGAAAAAACUACAUACAUAUAUGCAAAGCUAAAAGGCUAACAUAAAUAAUUGAAACUAAACUCAGGAAUCCACUUGGAUACAAAUAAAACUAUUAACAGAAAAAUUAUGAACUAUAUAUAUGCGCGUUUAAAAAAUCCUUUCGGAGUUUAAAAUAAAAUUGCGUUAUUUUAUUAUCGAAAAUAAUUAAAACUCAAAAAAUGGAUUGCUAAUAUUCAUAUAACAUAAUUAAAAAGUUGCAAUGUUUUGAUAACAAUAUAAAGCGAUUUAAAAAAUAUAACUUUUGAUACACAACACAAAUUUUAUAAGCAAAAAAAUAAAAAGAAAAAUACGUUUUCUGGCAAGGAUUAAAAAAAAAAUCGGUCUAAAAAAUAAAUUUUGCGAAAAGCCAUUUUUUAUAACACAUUUCAAACAUAAAUUAUAAUUGGAAUAAACGAACAAAAUACAUUUUGAAGAAAAUAAUACCCAACCAUUCAAAAGCAUUUAUACAUUUGUGUAUUUAUAAUAAAUAAACUAUUAUAACAUAAAAACUAAAAAAUAAAUCAAUUUAAAAAUCCAGCCCACAAUAACAAACAACUUAAAAAAAAUUAAAAACCCAAUAAAGCAUAACUAAAAAGGAAGUGACCAAAAUAUUUUUCCAACAUGAAAGAAAAUCAUGCAUCCCCUUAAAAAAUAAAAAAAAUAAAUUUUAAUUGUGAAAAAGAAUUUAUACCAAUACAUUAAAUUUUGGAAAAAAUAAAAUUACAAAGAAACAUUGAAAAACGACAAGCUAUUAAAAUUAUAAAUGCUACUUAUGGCGCCACGUCGUGAUAGCAAUAGCGCCAACAGCAGCUCGAAUAUUUUAGUACAACAUCAAUUACAACAAGCCCAACAGCAGCAACAACCGCAACAAAAUCAGCAACAGAUUCACGCAUUUUUGUACUCUUCAUCCUUAUACAACGGAGCCAAUUUAUUUGACUCCAAUAACGGCUCCAACUUGAUCACCAACAUCCCCGAUAAUAUCAACAACAAUUUGAAUAAUAGUAGCAACACCAACAAUAAUAACAGUAUCAACAUGUCACCCAUGCAAACGGGUAAUCUGACACAUGCAACGCUAAAUGGUACUACGGGUGCUGGUGGCACAAACUCCGGCACACAGAAUGGCCACCACCCACAUCAUGUCGUCAGCAAUAUAAGCAAUAAUAAUAAUAUCAAUAAUAAUGUGAACGGAAAUGUUAACGGUAAUAUGCAUGAUCAAUAUACACGCUGUUGUUAUCCAAAUGGUGAAUGUUUAAAAUUGGACGCCUGCCUGAUUGCAUUGGACGAUCUAAGUGAUGCUGUGCGUGUGCUCUGCAAUAAUGAGAAUUGCAACAUGGGACAGUAUAUGCAUCGCGAAUGUUUUGAGGCGUGGGAGCAAGCUGUGUUGGUGACACUCAAGACUAUGGGACGUGCACGUUCGUGGUCUGAUCGUCAGCGUACACAAAAUUUGUGGACCAAGAAGGGAUACGAUUUGGUGUAUAAGGCAUGUGUAUGUAAAUGUGGGCAUGGUCAUAUACGCAAAGACCUUGAGUGGACACCACCAGUGCAAAAAUCAAGUGCAACACUCAACGGCGGUCAGUUUAGUAAUGUGAAUGGUAAUUCGACAGCUAUUAAUGGUGUUGUUGGUCAACAGCGUGUGCUCUUGGUCAAUGGUGGCAAUGUCAAUGGUAUUGGUAGCAAUUCCGCAGAGGAUGAUGAUAAGAAGAAGAAGAAGAAACGCAAUCGUAACAAUGGUUCAAAAUCCGCAUUGACAGCGGUAAAUACGAAUGGGAUCGCCGCAAAUGGCCAACAACAGCAAGUUCAAUUGUCACCAGCAACGGCACAAGCUCAACAGCAUACGUUGCAACAACAACACCAACCAACGCUAGUUGCUAAUCAGCAGCCACAACAACAACAACAACAACAAACGCCAAAUUCUAUGCUUAAUGGCCAACAGAAUGGCAACGGAAAUAUUAGCAAUGGCAUUAGCGCCAUAUGCACCACCAAUAAUGUCAGCAAAAUUGCUGGUAACUCAACUACCGCUAAUAACGCCAUCAAUACAAUAAUUUGCAACAACAAUAAUAAUCAAAUCUCAGCUUUGAAUAAUACGAGUGUUGGUGUUAUUGGCUCUGGUUUGCAUAACAACAACAACAGUAGCAACCUACAACAGCAGCAGCAACAACAAACGGUCGCCUCUUUGAAUAAUAUUUUGGGUCUAGAUUUGCGUGCUCGCGCUGACAGUUUGUCAUCGAGUGGUGGUGGUGGCAGUGGCUCCACAUCGCCCUCAGCCUCCCACUCAAGCGCCGAUAUUUCCAUUUCGCCCAUACACCACCAUCAACAACAGCAGCAGCAACAACAACAAUUGCAACAACAUCAACAAAAUAAUUUGCAAUUGCAACAAUACCAACAAAAUUUGUUGCAACAAAAUAACCUAACAAAAAGUAUUUUGAAUGGUGCAUUAAACGGCUGCGUCGACACAAUCCAACGUAGCAGCAACGCACUGUUGGCGGCUACACAGUCACAGCCUGCGGGCACACCAAUUGUAGGUGGCAUUGGCGCCGUAAAUGGAUUAAAUGGGUUGAAACAAUUGAGUGUUUACGAUCAACAUUUGGUGCAGCAGCAAAAGAACAAGGAGGUCGAACUCUAUUCGGAGCGUGUGCGCUUAACAUCUGGCUGCAAUGGCAUAUUUUCGCGCCGUUUGGACUUUUCAUCAUUCAAUUUGUUGCCUAAGACGCGCUUGAACUCCUAUCAAGUUAAGAUCGAAGACGAAGGCAAUCAUGGCAAUGACGAAACGCGUCUCUUUAUUUUAUCCUCUUUGGCUCAGUCUCAAAUGAGUCGUGUGGCUUGCAUCUUAUGUGAAGAACCAAUGCUGGUUUUCGAUCGCUAUCCACUCGUUGAUGGUUCGUUCUUUUUGAGUCCAAAGCAGCAUUCGAACGGUUGCAUUGAGGUGAAAUAUGAAGGAAGACCGUUAUUUUUGACUUGCGUUUGUAUGGCUUGCUUGGACGGCACUUCAACCAAUCGUGUCAUUAACUGCAGAUUCUGUGGAGAAAUUUGGGAUGGCUCGAAUCUAGUCCUGGGCACCAUGUAUUCAUAUGACAUCUUUGCCGCUAUGCCAUGCUGUGCUGAGCGUCUAAAGUGCAAUAAUUGCUUCAAAUUGCUCUUGCACCCGCAGCAGCGCCUCAAUUUCUAUAGCGACUAUUCGCAUUGCGUCACUUGUCCUUAUUGCGCCACGCAGGACACACACUUCGUCAAGCCGUUGAGCUUCUGCUACACCAAGAGCAACGUGUUGCGCCACCAAUCCAUCGCAUAACAUGAGGCCCCGUUGGAGCCCACGGAAAUGCUGGCGGCAGCAACAACAGCCACAACAACAACAGCAGCAGCAAAUACUGCCAGCAUUGCCGCUCCAACGGCCAAUAUUAGAAGCAACAGCAACACGAAUGAUAACAACAACAUGCAAACGAAGAAAAUUGUGCUCUACAAUCCAACAGUGGAUUACUCAGCACCGCUGCAACAACAAAUCAAUCCGGACAUCAUCGGCGCACAUCCGCAUGCACAGCAUUAUCAGCAACAACAAUGCAGUGGCGGCGGCGGUAGCGGUGGCAGUGCUCCAGGCAACACCAUACACAAUACAAAUCAGGUAAGACAGCCACUACAACAACUGCAACAACAACAACAGACCCAGCAACAGCCACGGUUGUCCGCAUUUGCGCCCGUGUCUGCUGCACGUCAGUCCUUAGCUGGUUUGGCAGCUGCGGCAGCACCAACCGCUGGCGUGCCAACGAGCGCUGGCAUUUCAUCAUCACAGCAGCAGCAACAGCAGCAGCUUCAGCUACAGCAACAAAUGUUGGCAACACUAGCACUACCGUUAAAAUUAAGUGAACAAUGUAAUUUAAGUAAUUUGCAUUUGAAUAGUUUCGCUAAUGAAAUGAGUCCGAUUAAAUCUGGCCUCGAACAACAACAACAACAUAAUAAUAUUAACAACAAUCAGGUGGUAGGGCAGUUAGGACGCAAUGUAGGCGCCAAUGGUUUAGUAGCAAACAAUAGUGUCGGUAGCAGUAUUAGUAAUUUAUUAAUUAGCAAUAAUUUAACAACGACCGCAACAACAGCAGCAGCUGCAGCAGCAACAGGAGACGGUGCAAUGUCUUUAUUGCCAGCCACCAGCAAAUUGAAUGCUUUGUGGGGUCAACCGCAUGCCGCAGGCAACGCAUAUAAUCACACAGUUGGCAACACUGGCGCUGGCAAUCUCUUCAACAACUCCACCAACAACUCAGAUGCCAUCUCAACGCUAUGGGGCUGCGCCUCCUCGUCCGCUUCCAGUGGCGCCUCAUCCACCAGCGGCUGCUCAAGCGGCUCCGGCUCACAGCCAUCGUUGAGUCCCACCUCCACCACAUCAACGCGUCCGGACUUUCGCAGCAGCGCCGGCAAUGGCAAGGAGCCACUCUGGCCGUCGUCACAACAAAUUUCACCCAACAACAGCAACACACUCAGGGAUACUUAUUACACCGCCGCAAAGGCAGGUGUAGCCAUAAACGCAGCAAAUGUGUUGGUGGACGGUAGCGGCGCUAACGGCAACAACACUGACAGCGUACAGCAAUCAACAUCACCCAUCUCCACAUGCUGCUCCUCCACCUCAUCAUCGGCCUCGUCGACUUGCUCAUCCGGUAUGGGCUCCAACGCUGGCCUCGACAUCGGCACUUGGCCCAACUGCAAGCUGCAGAACUAUUUUGCCGCCGACAGUUGCGGCAACACCAACAACGCCGACGAUGUCGCACACUUUGCCAAGAUCAGCAAUAUUUGGGAUAUACCAAGCGCAACGGCCAACACAACCGCACGCACCGCUGAUCUGUUCAACGAUCUCUGGUGCAACAACACAGACAGCAGCGCUGGCACGCGCAUGAACAACAACAGCAACACAAAUGCUGAAUAUGAACUGUGCGGCGGCGAUUCCAUUGACUUCAGUGAUGCCUCCAGCAUUUGGCGCACCAACAUAACGGCCACCGCCUCAGCUGGUGCUGGUGCUGGUGGACGCGUGCAGCCCAAGCAGCUGGCUGCAACUGCAAUUGCUGGCAACAAUAACAAAGCAGUGCGUGCAAAUCUGGCCACUGAUGUGGAUAACGGUGGAACAGAGAGUGAAGCUAAUGGCGCCGCAUGCAUGCAGUUGUUCUCCGAACAGUUUCUCAACUACAUAAACAUAAUGAAUUACACGGAUUAAGUACGUCAAGCUGUUGGACGGGCAUAACUUUAGCGCAAUUGUUAAAAAGUACAUAAAUAAUUGAUAAAAGUGUGGAGAGAUAAAUAUGUAAAUGGCAUAAUUAAGGAAACUAACCAAACAAAGUAAUGUGAAUGAAGCGGAAACAUAACGGAGAAAGCACGAAGACAAACAUAAUUGUGUGUUUGUUGUAGCAAAAACAUACAAAUGUGUGCUAAAAAUAUUUGUUUUUGUAAUGCAAUUGUGAUUGAUUCGUAAAAUUCGAUCGGAAUUUUGCUAAAAACUGCAGUUAGGUUGCACAACAACAACAACUGCAAACUAUGUAUGAUAACAGAGUAUAUAUAUGAAAUAGCAUUGUUAUUUAGUAAAAGAAAUAAUAAUACUAACAACUUUUUUUUUAACUGAAGUAGUAACUGUUUACCGUUAAACGAAGGCGAAAAAGUAGUACAUUUAGUUUAGCUUAUUUUUUUAGUUGUAAUUUUACUUUUCACACCGUUGGAAAGCAACAACAGUGAAACAUUUUGCAUUUGCCAUAGCAGUUGGGGGUUAAAGAAAUGUUGGUGUGUUAAAAAAAAAAAUUAAAAAAUAUAAAAUUUUUUAAAAAUAAAAAAAUUUAUUUAAAUUAAAAAAUAUUAAAUUUUUUUUUUACAAAAUUGUUUUCGCAAAAACAACAUUUUUUUGUUAUUAUUAAAAAUAAAAAAAGUUCUUGCCACACAAGUUUAUACUUUUUUAAUAAAUAAAAACAAUAUCAGCAUUACAAUAUAAUUACUUUACCAUUAUUUUAUCUCAUUAUUAAUUAAUAUUUGUUUAAGACCCGCUUAAUGGUUAAAUGCAAAAUGUUUCGCAUACUUGUAAUAAAAAAUUAUUAAUUUUUCAAAAAAAAAUUUUUUUUUUUCAAAACCAAAAAUUUGAAUAAUUUUUUUAUAAUAUUUAAAAACGUUUUAGUUCAAAAAAUAUUUUUUUAUUUUCAAAAAAAAAAUUAUUUGAAUUAUUUUUUUUAGUUAAUUACCAAAAUAUGAUUUUUCUAUUAAAUUUAAAUUUAUGUGAAUUAAUUUCUUUUAGUUAAAUUUCGAAAACUGCAAAUUUGUGUACAUUUCUGUUUUUAUGUUAAAAAAUAAUUUUGUUGAAUUUAAUUUGAGAGUUUUAUUUAAAUCAAUUUACUUUAAAUUAAACUUAAUUAGUUUAAUAUGUUUAAUUAAGAAACUUAGUUUAUUUGUGUGCACAACAUGCAGCUUUAUAGAAAAAAGCACGUGUGUCAGUGGCAACACUUACUACUUUAAGCUAUUAAAAAUGGAGUAUGCUUAGGAUUUUUAAAAGAAAAUUUACCAAAUAUUUUUGUUAGCUUAAAAGAAGAAGAAUAACUUAAAACAAAUUAAUUACUACAAAACAUCACUAAUUUGUGUUUUAAUUAAUUCAAUAAUUAAUUAGUUUAUUUUUUCGUAGCAAUUUAUAAAUCAUAAAUUAGUGUUACUUUCCAUUUAUGCUUAAUUUAAACGAAUAAUUAAAAAAUUGCUGUGUUUUUCAAUAAACAUAAAACUACUUUUUGCAAAUAAUUAAUGAAUAAAUAUUACAUAAUGUAGCUGUGUAUUCAGCUGAGCGCAAUUGUCUUGCAGAAAAAAAAUGAGAAAAGAAAAAAUUAAAAAUGUUAAGUGCAAAAAAAUCCCAAAUUAGUUAUAAGCAGCGCAUAAGUAGCUAUGCAAAAUGAACUUUAGUUAUUAUUUGAUUGUAACGAUUCAACAAAACAUCUUUACCUUAGAUUGGUAAUUAUAAUGUAGACCGACACUCGCCACAAGGACAACAUCAACGAUAGAUAUUUUUUGCACUGCAUGCAGCUUCGCAAGUUCGCGCUGGAAAAUUUUGUGGUUUGGUUUGUUAUGGUACAACUGAAGUUUCGCGCCGAAAGGUAUGCUAUGCCGAGCAGUUUAUUGAAUUCCUAAUUUCCGACUGCUGCGAGCAAACAUUUUGUUAUUUCCACAUUUUCCAUACAGUUAUACUAACAGUUUUCUUCACUUUUCGAAUUCAAAAAAAUAAUUUCACGCCAGCAAACGCCGUCGUUCGACUGUUGCAAAUACGCCAACUUACUGUAAAUAGCAUUUUUUUUUGUGUAAUCCCCUUUUGUUUUGCAUACAAUAUGCAUCUUGGCGGUGUAUGCACACACCACACACACUCACUUAAUAGCGCAGCGUGAUCAUAUUAGUUGUAAGUUACCCCAACUCCCCCCUACCUACCCACCCACUUACUCCCUACAGUACUUGUAAAGCUUAAAAACUAGUAUAAGUCGUUUUUCCAAAAUUUAAGGGUAUUUGUGUAGUUUCCCCCCUGUAAACUCUUAGUUGUUAGCAUUCAGUGUCGUAAACAUAAUAUUAAAUUAGUAUUUUCGUAUAAAAUUAAUGAAAAAAAACAAAAAAAAAUAUAUGAACAGAUAACUGUGUUUGUCCCAAGGAAGUUUGAAACAAAAAAAUAAUCGAAUUGAUAUAAGGAACGCCCACAUGUGAUCUCUUUCAAAAUUCGCUUAUAAGCAUAGUUUUAGGCAGUCAGUGCACCCCCCAAAUUGUGAGUUGUGUCAUUGACACUGGCAAUUAUUGCCCUUUGAACUUUGAAUUGUUUCGCUUAAUUUCAUUUUUCUUUUUCGUUUACUUUAAAUAGAGCAAGCUUAGUGUUUUUGUGCGUUGCGCUUAAAAGUAGGCAACGCUUUUGACUCAUUUCAACUGUGCAUGGUAAUUGUGAUAUUGCUUAGCUUGAAGAGUCACUUGGCGUUGUGCUACCAAAGCGCACACACCGUUUCAACAUUGUGAUAUGCAGUUGUUGCAUUUCUUUGUGUUUGUAGCUUGUCUCUAAUUUCGUUUGUGCGGGUGUGUCAAGAA